GUGUGGGGCGGGAGAGGUGAUAAUCAGAGGUGCCUGCGGGGGCUUUCUUGUCCCUGUUGUUGUGCCGCUUGGAGCAGGGACUCCCAUUUGGUCUCUGAUAACUCAACCCCCUUCUGCCAUCCCCCCCCCCCCAUGAGUCCACCUCCCUGCUAUUCCCUCUUCCCUCAGUCAACCAUUAGUUUCCCUCCUGACGAGGAACUGCUCUCGUUUCCCCAACUUCUUCAGAGUUAUGAAAGUGUGGCGUGUUCUUCGCGGGGGCAGGAAGCUACUGAGGCAAGUCUGAAGGUGACUCUGCUGCCUUUCAGGAGCGGCCGAGGUCUCCGUGUCCGUCUCACCCCGGCUUCUGGUCUCGGUGUCAUCUGUCCGUCAUCAGAGGGAAAAGCUAAACAGAGCGGGCCAGAGAAAGUGGCCUUUAAAAGGAUUUGCUGUGUUCGGGGUUGUGGCAGGUCUUCUGCAGGUGGUGCUACCGAGUCCACUGUGUCAUGCAGCAGGCUUGGGAUCGGACAAGGAGCAUCGACGGCGUUAAAAGAAGCCAGACAAAAAUGCUGGGGAAAGGACAGGGCGGCGGAUACGUCCCCGAGAUGAGCGAAGCGCUGCAGAGCAUUGUAGCACCACCCUUGGACAACACAGAUAAGAAGGGCCUUCAGGUGGGUGUCCAGCUGCCAGGCAAUGUGCAGACUGGACCUCAGCAGCAGAACCAGCUCCUGCUGACUCCAGCAAGCCUCCAGCUCGCGCAGCUCCAGGCGCAGCUCACCCUCCAUCGGCUCAAACUGGCUCAGGGAGGAAACACAGUCAAUGCCGCCAGCGUUCUCAAUCAGUUAAUCUCCAAUGUCAACAUGUCCCAGCCCCUGCUGAAUCAAUUAAGGAGCUCAUCUCUGGUUGGGAAUCCACAGGGGGCCUUCCCCACUGGGGUGAUAGGUUUCCCCUCCUCAAACUCAGCUGUUGGGUCCUUGGUGAGUGCGGGAUUCAACCAAAACUCAGGGAAUGUGAGACUGGAUCAUCCCAGCGGAGGGGGUGGGACGGGUCAACAAGGCGGGGAAUAUGGGAAAAAGCCUGGUUCGAGUUAUUCCUCUGACACUGACAGACGUCUCCAGUACAGCUUACCUGGAGGAUCGUGUGCUGACGGGCAGUACACAGGGAUUAAACCUCAGGCCAAAAACAUGACCGGCGUAGGCUUUCACAGAGACUUCUACGGGCAUGAAGUGCAGGGACCCCCAGCUGGGUUUAGUUCCAACGAGCAAAUGAACUCCACUGCACCUAAGGAGCAAUGGAAAGGCCAUAAUAACUUAAACCAAAGUGGAAAAGUGAGCAUGGCUUCGAACGCUCCCACAGUCUGGCCUUCAGUAGGGCAGCCCAUUUGGUCCAGAACAGAACUGUACAACCCAGAGGAGCCGACCCCCGAACCCAAAUUAAACUGCGGCGUCGGGGCUUCCUCUUUCGCUUCCAGCGGCGCACAAAACUUCGGGAGCUACCAGGCCCUGCAUGGAGGUCAGGAAAGCUUGCCGCCAGGUACCAGGACCCUCCAGGCCCAUCAAGUCAGCGAUUACUAUGGCGUCACACCCUCUCAGCUGCCACAUCAGUGCAGCAUCUGUGAAAAGAAGGUCUACAACCUCAAGGACUGGGACCAGCACGUGAAGGGAAAACUACACCUGCAGAACCGAGCUUCCUACGUCGCUGAAGGCUCAGCGGUGGCAUCGGCCGGAGCCCCUCAGUACGCCGUCGGCAGGUCCUCUGAUGGAGGUCUGAAGCCAGGAGGGACGAAUCCCCCAGUCUGCGCCGCCGCUAGUCAAGAUGUAUCUUCAGGAACCAAUGCAUCAUACUUACCAGCAGGAGCCAUGAAGACUUAUCCCACAUCAGACGCAGUAUUUGCCUCCCAUCAACCUGACUCAAAGGCUUUUCCACCCAGAAAGGCCUCUGCAGGCCGAGUUGUUCACAUCUGCAACCUGCCUGAGGGUAGCUGCACGGAGAAUGACGUCAUCAACCUGGGAAUACCUUUUGGGAAGGUCACAAACUACAUCCUGAUGCGCUCCACUCAUCAGGCCUUCCUGGAGAUGGCAUAUGUUGAGGCAGCUCAAGCCAUGGUUCAGUACUAUCAACUGACUCCCGCCUCCAUUAACAAUCAGAAACUCCUCAUUCGGAUGUCCAAGAGGUACAAGGAGCUGCAGCUCAAGAAACCAGGUAAAGAUGUUCAAUCAAUCAUCCAGGAUAUCACCUCGCAGCGGGAGAGGGAUAAGAUGCAAGAACUUGAACACUACCUUCCAGACAGGGCACGCUCUCGCAGCCCCAUCAGCCGCUCUCUGAGUCCUCAUUCCCACAGUCCCAGUUUUACAUCAUGCAGCUCCGCCCACAGUCCCCCAGUGGCACCAUGCAGGGGUCCGGAUAGGGGCAGCAAUGGCCUAAGCACUCACCUGGGUUCAAAGGACUGGCCAUCCCAUCUGAGAAGAGGGGAGGAAGAAAGGGAGCGGGACGAUCCUUGGAGGAACGGUGGCAGUAUGGAUGACAACCGACCUAACGGAAGAACGGCUGACUGUCGGAAGAACUACUACAAACACUUGGGUCACCUCGGGAUGAGGUCUGCAGAUGAACGUGGAAGCGGCGAAGCAACGAGGAGCAGCAGAGACUGGCACCCACGGGACAGCCCCCUGGGCCCGUCCUUCAACUCUUACAGGAACAUGGAGGACGACUUUUACAUGGAAUUAGCGUACAAGUCGGGGAAGCCACCCAGGACAUCUCACCAUCGACAUGACUCAAAGUCCAGGAGGAAGGAUGGUGACCACCCCGGUCGGUCAAGACAUUCUGAGCUCGAGUCGACGGUCGAGCCUCGGUGUCGAACCCCGGAGGACAAGAGGCGGAGUUCAUCUGGAAGAGAUAGGAGCAAAAACUCAAGCAGAAGGCAUACUGAAAGACAGGAGAGAGAAAAUGCUUCUGAAGACACUGGUGGCAAAGGAAAAUCUGAUUCGCCUCAACAAAGAGACAAAUCAAAAGAGACUACUGAAGGUGACAAAGACAAAGACACUGAGAAUGUGCUGGAAAAUGCUGAAGACACGGAUGAAGAAUGUUGGUAUCCUAAAAACAUGGAGGAGCUGGUCACUGUGGAUGAAGUAGGAGGAGAAGAUGAUAACAUUAUUGAGCCCGAUCUUUCUGAGCUUGAGGAGUUUACUUCCUGUGAGAAAGAGCCUGUCGAGCAAUCAGAGCAGAAGCCCGUUUUACCAUCAACGUCACUAGUGGAAGUGCAGGAGGCAUCCGACAAGAAACAUAAGCAGGAGGAGUCUUUGGAGGAUACUGUAGGUGUGGCAUCAAAAUCUGAAACUGACAAAGCAGAGGGUCAAAGCACUGCACCCAGUCCUGAAACCGAGAAAACGAAUUCAGAAACUACCGAGCAAAAAGCUGCUGACCUCAGCGGCUUCCCCAGUGAGGAGUUUAAGGCAGCGCUCGAGGAGACAUGCAUGGAAAACACCAAGGUUCCCAACAAUGAGCCACCAGGAGAGCCAAUGGAAAAUCAUGUUUGUUUAUUAGAGGACAAUAAAAGCCAAGAAGAAAGAAAGACCCCUGAAAAAAUCCAUCUGGAAGUCCAACUGCAGGAUGGCGGUCUAAAAAGAGAAAUCGAAGCCCCUUCCCCAUCUCUGGAGCAAGACAAAGCUGUCAGUGAACACAGUAUUCCUUUGGGAGUGGAGUUCAUCGAGCCGAGGACAGGCUUCUUCUGUAAACUCUGUGGACUGUUCUACACCAGCGAGGACAUGGCAAAAACGUCUCACUGCCGCAGCACCAUACACUACAGGAACCUGCAGAAAUAUCUGUUCCAGCUGGCAGAGAACGGCCUGUCGAGUGCGCUGAGUGAACCCUCUGCAGCACACUGACACCAGCUUAACCCUUCACCUCUGGAACAGCACACAGCAGGGGGGAGGGGGGGGGGGGUGAAUACAC